GGGCACUUUCACGCCAGCCAUAUUGCUUUAGCGUCCUGACUGAAGGAGAGACGGGAGAUGAAGGGGAUUCGGGGAAUCAGUCAGCUCUCGAGACGCUUCUAUGUGGCUUCCAGAUCAGGCCAGUCCCUUGACCAGCCCCUGGCUGGCCUCAAGCUCUCUCCUGGGGCUGCCCACUCCUACCAGGACGUCCAUGUAACCAAACUGCCCAGUGGACUUGUGAUUGCAUCCCUGGAGAAUUACUCCCCAGCUUCCAAGAUCGGAGUGUUUGUUAAGGCUGGCUGCCGUUAUGAGACCUCUGACAACCAGGGCGUCACCCACCUCCUCCGGCUGGCCUCCAGCCUGACAACCAAAGGAGCUUCAGCUUUCAAGAUCUGCCGUGGUGUUGAGGCAGUGGGUGGCAGCAUGAGUGUGACUUCAUCCAGAGAGAACAUGAUCUACAGUGUGGACUGCUUGAGAGAUGACAUUGACACAGUGAUGGAGUACUUGAUCAACGUGACCACAGCCCCAGAGUUCAGGCCAUGGGAGGUGUCAGAUCUCACUCCGAGGGUGAAGAUGGACAAGGCCCUGGCUGGACAGAGCCAGCAAAUAGGUGUGGUUGAAGCUCUUCAUGCAGCUGCUUACAAGAAUGCUCUCUGUAACUCUCUGUACUGUCCUGACCACAUGGUUGGCAACAUCCAAUCUGAACAUCUGCAUCACUUUGUCCAGAACAAUUUCACAAGUGCAAGAAUGGCUCUCGUUGGUAUUGGUGUUGAACAUGCAGUCCUGAAGCAAGUUGGGGAACAGUUCCUCAACAUCCGCAGUGGGGCGGGUACCACAGGGGCCAAGGCUCAGUACCGUGGAGGUGAACUCCGUCUGGGUAACACCAGCAGCCUGGUCCACGCAGCCGUGGUGAGUCCGUCAGCAGCAGCGGGCAGCAACGAGGCCCUGGCCUUCAGCGUGCUGCAGCAUUUACUGGGAGCUGGUCCACAUGUCAAGAGGGGCUCCUGUGCCUCCAGCAAACUGGUUCAAGGUGUUUCCAAGGCAACUGCUGACCCCUUCGAUGUGAGUGCUUUCAAUGCCAGCUACUCUGACUCUGGUCUCUUUGGGGUUUACACCAUUUCCCAGGCCGCAGCAGCUGGUGAUGUGAUUAGAGCAGCUGUUGGUGAGGUCAAAGCCAUCGCUGAUGGUGGAGUCACAGCUGCUGACCUCACUCGGGCCAAAGCUCAGCUGAAGAGCCAGUUCCUGAUGUCUCUGGAGACCUCAGAGGGUCUGCUGGAGGCCAUGGGCACUCAGGCUCUGGCUGAGGGAGCGUACUGCUCUCAUGAGGAAAUCUCCAAAAAGAUUGACAACGUUUCCCUGACUGAUGUUGCCAACGCUGCCAAGACAUUUGUAUCAAGCAAGAAGACGAUGGCAUCCAGUGGAAACCUUGUAAACACACCCUUCGUGGAUGAGAUCUAAAGUCGUCUCCCUGUCUCCCUGUACUGUACCUAACUCUGACGGCAAAGCAGAAUUUAAACCUCAACAGAAAAAAAAAUGAAUUCUUCAUCACUUUUUGCUACAUUGUAGCUCUGAUAUAUAUAAAAUGUCAUAGCACCACUGGGCUGGGUAUUUAUAGGUGUUGUAACAGUAUAUUUUCAGGUUAUGCUGAAAUUUUGUGCUCUGCUCAUCUGUCCACAUUAACUGUAUAGCUGAUGUAAAAUAAUGAAUAAAUUCUAUCUACCUUA